AAAAGUGCAUCGUAGAAGUUUACCAAUUGAAACAGCUGCAUGCUGAUUUUUCAUAGGCGUGGCUAUCAAAUCUUGUCCAUCCAUGUCCCACUUUCUCUACCUAAGUCAUUGACUUUUGUUUAGUGAAAAGGACUUCAAAAUGCAUGUUUUCCAACUAUGAUUUUGAGGGUUACAAGAGCUCAAUCAAAAUUACAACAACAUACAUAGACAAAUUUUAUUCAGAAGUUAUAAUGCAAAGUUAUGCUGUUUAAAAAAUUGAAAGCCGGAUCCACUAUUUAUGUAAUAACUACAACCUUUUAUAAUACAUUCGAGAAAGCUAAGAUUUCAACUCAUUAUAUAAGAAAAGUAUAAAGCUGCAUCAGCCUACGCAAUGGAUGUUAUGCAGUCAAAAAUGUCUGCAACUCACGGGAUGUAUAUGCAGGCUUCCACUACACUGGACAGUGGUUGACCCCACCAAAAUAAUCAUUUGUUGCUUUAUGCAUUUUAAUGGUUAUUAUCAUUAACACACAUAAAAACAAGACAUUAGUUAACUUCUUCUGUUCUUGUUGGUAGCAGUUGGCCUUGUUUUCUUGUGUUGGAAAGGAAGCUCAACAACAUUGCACCUUUGUCAACUCUCUGACUCUGUCUAUCUCCCUCCAUGGAGUAGUUAGGACCUAAUUUUGUCUCCACUUAUUCCAUAUAUUGACUCGUUUGAAAGAUGUGCCACUGAUUAAGCUGGUGAAAGAAAUCAUGAUGAACAUGUCAUGAAAAAAAGAACAUUGAAUUUAUAUUUUCCUUCCCAAAAGAGAGUUUGUUAAAUUGUUUCUCUGGCGAGAUGUUUAGUGUCAUUAGAAGAAAACUCCGGCACCUUUAUUCAAGGAUACUGUGGCUACUAUGGAAGCGCCCCAGGUCUAAAGUUGUGAUCAAAAGGUUUAGAAAAUUGAACUUUAAGGCUCACCACCCCAGAGCAAAAUUGAGUAAAAACAAAUCUAGAAGUGACUCAAAUGGCCUAUUGGUUGAGUCUGAAUCUGGAAGGCCUAUUAGGAUUGCUACAUUCAAUGUUGCCAUGUUUUCACUUGCACCUGCUGUUUCAGAAUUUGAUGAAUGGGUUGUCUCCAAUCAUGAGCAUAGUUCUAAGAAGAAGAAUCUCGCAAAGGGUGACUUUCCCAAGAGUAUACUGAAGCAAUCUCCAUUGCAUGCCUCUCUGAACAAAGCUCAGAGUCUUUCUGACUCCAACAUUCUGCCACGUUCAAAUUUGAAGGUUUCUAUUAAUCUUCCCGAGAAUGAGAUUUCAUUGGCAAAUAGUAAAGAGGGCACAUCAGAUAGAAUUAUGGGAAAUGUUUCUGGCAGGCAUCAGGUCCCUGCAAGGUCUCCUGUGUGUUUUCCUUUCAUUAUGAACUACUGUGAGGGCAGAGAGAGAUUCGCAAGCAGCAGAAGCAUCCUGGAAGUUCUGAGGGAGAUUGAUGCAGACGUGAUGGCCCUGCAGGAUGUGAAAGCAGAAGAAGAGAAGAACAUGAAGCCUCUUUCUGAUUUAGCAGCUGCCUUGGGGAUGAAAUAUGUGUUUGCUGAGAGUUGGGCUCCAGAAUAUGGAAAUGCCAUCUUAUCCAAAUGGCCAAUUAAGAAGUGGAAAGUUCAAAAGAUUGCUGAUGAUAAUGAUUUCAGGAAUGUUUUGAAGGCUACAAUUGAUGUGCCUUGGGCUGGAGAAAUAAAUUUGCAUUCUACUCAGCUUGACCACUUAGAUGAGAAUUGGAGAAUGAAACAAGUGCAGGAAAUAUUUCGCUCCAAUGACACUCCCCAUAUCUUAGCAGGAGGUCUCAAUUCACUAUAUGGAGCAGAUUACUCAUCUGAGAGAUGGACAGAUAUUUUUAAUUACUAUGAGAAACUCGGAAAGCCUAGGCCAAGGUCAGAAGUCAUGAACUUCAUGAAAUCCAAAGGCUAUAUCGAUGCAAAGGAUUAUGCAGGAGAAUGUGAGCCCAUUGUCAUCAUUGCUAAAGGCCAAAAUGUGCAGGGGACAUGCAAGUAUGGCACAAGAGUGGAUUACAUUCUGGCUUCCCCAAACUCUCCAUACAAGUACGUGCCAGGGUCCUACUCAGUGAUUUCUUCAAAAGGAACUUCUGAUCAUCAUAUAGUGAAAGUGGACAUUGUGAGAGUAAAUGCAUCUGCUCAGAAAAAUGUCAUGAGACAGUGCAGAAAACUAAAGAGUAAGGUUGUGAAAAUAACACCACCAUGUUCUGCAACAGGUGUAAGGGAAUCAACCCCACCUACCAAAAUACUUGUACCAUAGGAAAAUUAUGUGACGAAAGUGAUGAGGCAUAUUUUGAUGAACAGUGUGUUUUCUGUUAGCUGUGAAGUUAAAACGGCAUGGCCAUGCAAUAGAGUUUGACAUUUUCUAGUGCCUGCAUUAUGUGUAAAGUACUGCAUUAAUACUGCCCUUUACCCUUUUCUUUUGUUUGUCCCUGUCUGCAUAUAAAUAAUUCAUCUCAGAAUGUGAUCAUUCCUAUGUAAUAUCCCUCCACUGCAACAACAUUUUGCAUCAUAUUGCAAGUAAUUUAAAUGUUAA